AUGUCCAAUUUUACCUUAAGAAAAACCCCUCCAACAGGAAAUGAUAUGAAGAGUACCACUCACAGGACCAUAUCGUCAAGGCAACAGGAUUUUCAGGAAUUGUGCAAAAGAAGGGCUUUCUUACAGGAUAACAGCUGGAUAAAGAAGCGUCCUGAGGAAGAAAGGGAAGGAGUAGAGAGAAGAGAUGAAAAUUAUGGCAGGGUGGUGCUCAACCGGCAUAAUUCCCAUGAUGCCUUGGACAGGAACAAACAUGAGGAUGAUGAGCCAAAAGCCACAAUUAGCCGUUACAGAUCUGACGACACUUUGGAUAGGAUCUCAGACAGAAAUGAUGCUGUUAAAACAUAUAAGGCCAAUACCUUGGAUAACCGACUAACUAAUAGAAGCUUGUCUACAUUUAGAUCACCAGAAACAACAAAAACGCAACCUACAGUUUCCUUCAGUGCAGUCACCACUACAAUCCCAGCUUCUACCUCUGCAACAACUCCAGUAAAGAAAAAGAGACAGUCCUGGUUUCCACCGCCCCCUCCAGGUUAUCAUGCUGCCCCCAGCCCAGGAACAAGCAGAAGGGAACCAACUGUUCACACCUCAAUACCUCCAAAGCCCAGUUCUCCUAUUUCAUCUCCUCACGUGCUGAGAAGGGAUAAUAGACAGAUAUGUCCACCCAAACCAGGUGUAUAUACAGAGACCAAUAGAUCUGCAGAAAGAACUAUAAGGAGUCAGGACCUUGAGAACAUUGUCAAAGUGGCCACUUCACUGCAGAAAACUGACAAAGGCGAAGAAUUAGAUAAUCUUAUCCAGAUGAACAAAAGUUUGAACAGAAAUCAGGGACUGGAUGGUCUUUUCAGAACUAACCCUCAGACAGAACGAACAGAGAAAAGAGCCAAAAGUCUCGAAAGUCUCAUUUUUCUGAAUGCCCGGAUAGACAAAGAUGGCAAAAGGAACCAAACUCUCAGUUUGAUGAAAGAAAAUCCCAGAAUGGUCACCAAUAGCAAGGGAAGUCAAGAUUUAGAAACAAUUAUUCAAGUGAACAACAGGACAGAUAGAGCUAGAAGAGGAAAACAAGACCUCAGUGGACAUAUUAAAAUGAAUUCUGAAACAAAUAAAAAUAUCAAGAGGGGCCAGAGCCUUGAUAAUCUCAUCAAAGUGACUCUUGAAGAAAAGAGAAGUAGCCCAGGUUCCAAAGAGAUUGAUAGCCUCAUCAAAGUGACUCCAAGAACAGAAAAAAGUGGACAAGGGGAUAGAAGUCUUGACAGUCUCAUCAAAGUGACUCCUGAAACCAAGAGAACUAAGCAAGGGUGAGAUCUUGAUGAACUAAUUAAAGUGAGCCCCAAAGCUGUUAAAAAUAUAACUCGAAAUCAAGAUCUUGAUAAACUCAUCAAAGUGAAUCCUGAAACUCUCACCAAGAACCGAAGGAACCAGGAUUUCGAUAACCUCAUCAAGGUAAAUUCUGAAGUCAUCAGAAGGAAUCACAGCCCAGAUUCGGACAAUCUUAAUAAGGGGAACCCUUCAGCACUCAGAAACUCUAAGAGGGACCAGGACACCAAAAAUAUAACUGAAGUGAAUUCUACUGUGUCUAAAAAUAAGAACGGAAGGCUAGAAGGCCAUACCAGGGGAUCCACUAAUGCUCUAAACAAUCAAACCACAAGAACUACUGCUAAUUCUUAUGAAACCAGAAAAAAGCUCAGUGCAGAAACCAGGCCUGCUGGAAUGAAAGACACUGUCGUGUACACAAGGACAUAUGUGGAGAACAGUAAAUCACCAAAGGCUGGAGAUCUAGAAAACAUAUCUGGAAAAUACAUUCAAACAGUUUACUCAACCUCAGAUAGAUCUGUCAUUGAAAGAGAUAUGUGCACUUACUGCCGAAAACCCUUGGGCACGGAAACUAAAAUGAUUUUAGAUGAAUUACAAAUUUGCUGCCAUUCCACUUGCUUCAAGUGUGAAAUAUGCAAAAAGCCUUUGGAAAAUCUACAAGCUGGUGACAGUAUUUGGAUUUAUAAACAGACAAUACACUGUGAACCUUGCUACUCAAAAGUUAUCGGAACCGAGGAUGUGCAUUUAGCUUUCCAAACCUUCUUAGAAGACUUGGUAACCUUGUCCUCUAUAGCUACCUUUCUGACCACUGCUUUGAUGAUGCCUUUAUCCAUUGGCUGCUUCCCAUCACCAACAGCAAAGCUGCCCAAAGCAAGCCUGUCAAAGAUGCUCUCAACAUAUGUGGGCUUACCAAAAACAGCAUUAGUGAUGAGAUCUGGCAUCCUGGGGAUACCCACUUACAAUCAGUGUGCAUUUAAGUGUGAUCUGAGAUACUGCUCCCCGCAUCUGCCACUGAGCAUGCGGAUAAAUCCUUCAAUAGAUUCUUUAUUUGGGACUUUCGGUCGUAGGACUCCACUUCUCCGGGUUUUAGCCAGAGCCCGAAUAGCCCAAAGAUUGAGAGAAACUUGGAAAGGAGGAGGUGCCAGAAGCAGCGGGAGUGAGCAGGCCAAGGUUGGGGGGUCCCAGCAGGGUGCCACCUGGGGCCAGGUGGCACCGGCGGGGGGCGGGGUCCAGCAGCCCCCACCCCUUUCUCAAUUCGACUCCGCCCCUUGGCGCCUUCUCCCCGUCCCACCCCGCGGGCCGUGGCUAAAACCCGGAGCCGCACACGCGCGCCCAGGGGGACCGGAGGGAUGCUCUGAGCAUGUGCAGAGCAGCUCGGCGGCGGCGGUGGCGGCUGCCUGGGCUUAG